AAAGUAUCAUAAUAGUCUGAGAGUUUCAUUGGAGGUACUGGCGAGUUGGCAUUCACUGAGUUCAACAAGCAGGUGAAGUUUCUGUGGGAGAGCACCUUACACAGAGGAGCUGCUGCUCUCUGGAGGAGGCUAAAAGUUGAUAAGGAGGAGGCUAUCUGAACUGCAUCAACUGAAUCCACAUGGCCGAACCCAAUUUCCCCCCAUUGCCCGAGUUCGUUCCCCUAAAGCCCUGCUUCUAUCAAGACUUUGAAGAGAUCCCUGAACAGCACCGCAGCAUGUGCAAGAAAAUGUACCACCUGUGGAUGUUGAAUGGUGCAACACUUGCUGUGAAUCUCAUUGGCUGCUUUGCUUGGAUGUUUGGCGGAGGUGGAGUGACCAACUUUGGACUGGCUCUCAUCUGGCUCCUCAUGUUUACUCCUUGCUCCUAUGUCUGUUGGUUCAGGCCCAUCUACAAGGCCUUCAAGUCUGACAGUUCCUUCAAUUUCAUGCUGUUCUUCUUUGUGUUCAUGGCCCAAGUUGGCAUCAGCAUAAUCCAGAGCAUUGGCAUCCCAGGAUGGGGAGUAUGUGGUUGGUUGGCCACCAUCUCCUUCUUCAGCUAUAAUAUUUUUAUUGCUUUAAUUAUGCUGGUCCCUACAAUCAUGUUCACUGCUGUGGCUUCGCUGUCCUUCAUUGCGCUCACCAAGAUCCAUAAUUUCUACCGCGGAACUGGGGCCAGCAUGUCCAAAGCUCAGGAGGAAUGGGCCACGGGUGCCUGGAAGAAUCCUCAUGUCCAGGCUGCAGCCCAGCAGGCCGCCAUGGGGGCAGCUGCUGGAGCCAUGCAAGAUCAGUACUCCACCCCACAGUAUAAUGAAAACCAGAUGUAGCACUGCUAAGACAGGAUUUGUCAAAGAUAUAAUGCCAAAGUUUAAGUUUGGAAGAUCAAAGCCAUCUCCCCUCAUAGAGUCCAUUACAAAGUUCCUAAUGUGCACUAUGAAAAAAAUCCCUCUGAACAUAAGUGGGAAGUUGGUUUUUGCCUUCCUUUAUUGAAGGGCAUGCAAAAUAUUUGUAGUAUUUUACAUAAUUUCAUAUGUUUAUUUAUUUGUUCAUUUUCAUUUGGAAAUGAAAAUAGUUCUCAGUUAGUGUUUUUGUAGCAGCUCCGUUAUGAGAGCCACGUGCUAAUUUUAUUACCUGCAGUUCUAGGAAGUUUUGUGAAUGAAAUCGAAAAAGAGCUUUUUCUCAUCUUCGUAUAUGUUUACUUCAGUUGUUAAAUAUUUUUUAGGUCUUUUUCUUUUUUGUGUUCUGUUUGGAUGAUUAACUUUUUGCUGUGUAAUAUUAGUUUUUUCUUGUGUUUAUAAGUGAACCAAAAACCCCAUAAAAAUUUACUUCAUUUUAAAUGAUGUUACUCAACAAUUUCAGCAAAAUUACUAUAUUUUUCACAAAAUUUAUUUAUCAGUGAUUGUACAAUGGAAUGAAAAAAUGCGGCAGUGUUCACAGCACGUCUCUGUUUUACAAUAAGAAACAGCAUCAUUGCAGGUUUUCAUGUGGUUCUAAAAAGUGAUUGAUCACUUUAAAUAUAAAUUAAUUUGGAGCUGAUUGUAUCUUAUACAGAAAACACACAAGUUUAAAUCUGUUUUAUGGUUCUUUUAAUUGCUGGAAAUAAAAACGAGUUAAAUGCACAACAUGAU